AUGCACGAUGAGCAACACUGGAAGCGGCUGCGCACCAUCGAACGGAAGCGCAUCAAAGAUCAUAGACCGACUGUAGCCGGCCGCUCCAUGAUCUUGCACGGCGUCCUCGGCUACGGCAAAGUCAACAAGCCAUUCCUUGCACCACCACCGGUCCCGAGCGCUGACAUUGUUUCGUCACCUACUGUUUCAGUAGCUGCUGCCUUUUCAGAGCACCCGCGAUCGCUGUCAUCGACCACCGCAUCGACGGAGUGGGCACCAACUGCCGAUAUUGACAUUGUUGGCCAGCACAUCCGGAAGGAUGAGCCUACACCCCGAUUCCGCGAAGCAACCACGUCCGCAGCCAAGCCCAUAGCCAAAAACAGCUUGCCUCACCUGUCGGCCAACUUCAAGACGCAGGUCAACGUUGACUCAUCCUCGAAGGACCCCGCCCACGUCGGGCCUACUCAGUCAACCAAGCGCAAGUAUCACCCGGACCUUUUGGGCUUCACUUUCCCCGCCGCACCGACCCAAGAGGUCAAAACAGCUUCUCAUAUGGGCGGUUCCUCUUCAGCUGUCAGUGCAGAAUCGCAAGCUCUUGGAUAUGAUUUCACUCCUGUGGCGCCCAGCCCGCAAAGGGCCGCGAGCAGUGAGUUCCACAUCUACAAGGACAAAGGGGAUAUCGACGCCGAGGGCGAAACAUGCGGGGAUGACCGCAACAAUGUACAAAACAAUGUUCUGUCCGACAUGCUGUUGAAGCACAUUGGCGCUACCACUAACGACGACAACACAACGCAGAGCUCACUGCAACAGUAUCCUGCGCCGCCACAAUCGCCUUGCCCGCCCGCCACGCAGUGCAAUGUUGUUCCGAAUCUUGAAGACAUCUUCGACCAGUGGUUCCGCUUCGGCCGCCAGAACUGGGAAGGCUUGUGCCUGUUGCAGCCUCGAGAGAUUCCGAUCGAGUCCAUCACCGCGAGGACGCUUCCCUGUGUCGAACCGUACGUGCCUGCGGAGCUCAGGGAGAAGCCGGUGAAGCUGUUCACAAUCACCGAAAAUCAAGAUGUUGCCGCGUUGAAAAUGUUUGAGAUCGAAGUUUUGCCCGAGUCUGAAGACGCGCGGUUGGCCCUGUUCAACAUUAUCGAUCGCGGCCCCAACUUCCAUGAGACUUCUACCGCAAAACCCACCGUCUGGACCGUCUUGUUCGUUCGAGAAAAAGAGCAGCGCUUUGUGGGAUAUAAUUUCAAGGGUUCAAAAAGUUUUGAGGAUCAAAAGACCGGAACGAGGGUCCACGUGGCGAAAAGGAGACGUUCAGUUCAGGAUCUGGAUGUUGAGGCGCCCUUGCUGGGCGAAGAUUCUGCCCAGCACUCAUGGCAGAUUAUGGCUUGGCCUUCGGCACAUACAUCAAGGUUCUUGGAAGUUUCCGGACCCGUUCGCACCCAAGUGUCGUCGAAUGAAGAGCUGAGCAACAAACCCCAGGGCAGAUCAGCCGCCGGUCGCGCACCGUUGGCCCCCAAAACCGUCCAGGUACGCCAAAAUCUGGCAACGCAUGAGAGUGGCCGGGUGCACUUGAAGGAUGCCCGGGCGUACGCCGAGUACAAUACGACUGCCCGGGCGCACGCGGACACGAGGCACUGUGCCAGCGACAGUGUACUGCGGUUCGCUGAGGACCAAGAAAACGCGCCUUUCUCGCCCCAACGCUCUUGCUGCCUCAAGGUAGACGUAGUCAAAGGCCGGGUGGAACAAACUUCCACUAGCAUGUCGGGUGAUAUCAACUCGGUUCUCGUCCACGAAAGGCAGCGUCUUACGUGCGUGCGUUUCCAACGCGGCGGCGCGUACCCGCUGCUGACGGGUAAAGGUGUCGACCUGAACUACUGGAAUACCUUCUGCGAGUACUUUUGCAAAGGCGAGGUUCAGCUUGAGGUGUGGAGCCCGGCGGACGGCGAGCCAGUCGUGCUGUCAGAAGAGGAGGAGCAGCGUCGUAGAGGGACCAAAACCGAGAACGCUCCGACUCAAGAGGAGCACGCGAAAGAUAUGGGUAAGGAUGGAUUGGAUCCAUUUCUAACUGGUGGUCGUACUUCAGAUACCCCAAUUCCGGAGCUCAUGAGGAGCACCAUGCAGCACGGACACAUCGAUCUGCCGGAUUCUACGCCCCCUCUUCAGAAGCAGCAUACGCAAUACGACACUCAGAGCUACCUCCCUCAGCGCGGCACUAGAAACGGGUACCAGUUUGCCCCCGACGUUCAAAACACGAGACGCCAACAAUCCUUGCAUCAACUGCCUUCGCUAAACAAGCCGUCAGUCCAUCCUCAGCACAGCCAUGCCACUUCGAUCCCUGAUGGGAGCUCCACCAUGCGCUUCCAAAAUCUCGGUCACUACCGCAACAGUUCGUCGGAGACUAUAAAGGUCAGGCCUGACGUCGACUCCCCUUCCGACACUCCCACCGCCAUGCCACCGGCUUUUGGCUGGGAGUUCGGAGGCAGUUCCACUCACACCGGUCCCUUGCUACGCGGAUGGCAGAUGGAGAUGCUGGACGCUCUAGAAAAGAAGCGAAGCCCGGCCUGGAAGUAUUGGACGGACCGUUCAAUGAACUACGACAGGCGCAUGGAAGCGAUCGAGCUCGAGAACGAGGUCAUUGCCCAGGAAGCAUUCGCCGACUGGCCAUCAGAGGUGCACGUCUUGAGGGACACGCGCGCCACGCGCGACGGAAACACCCUGGUUGAGUGCUACAACGAAGAGGCCAUCCGGCGCUAUAAGCAGUACCAUGACUUGAAGGGGUGCAGGCGGUUUGCAGAACAGGUAGCUGAUGACGACCGCCUGCUGAAGAGGAGGGAGCAGCGUCUGCAGCCGCUCGAGUACAUGAAGGACGUCAGGUUGAGGCAACUUCAGAGGGCGUACGAGAAGGGCAGGGUGAGCUCCCCGGUAGCCAGGCGCGCUCUAUGGAAUCAACUUUGUGUCGACAAAUCUCGCGAGCUACAGGAGGUAUACCAGAAUCACAGGGAAGUGGUUCAACAGCAGUUACAACAGGUGGCGAGUCUCAAAGCCAGGGGAGGAGCCUACGGCGGUUCGGAUCAGACGUACCAAUUCCAGCAGCAGCAGGAGGCACAACAACCCCCAGCAUCGUCGUUUGGUCGCCAGCCUUUCCCGCCGCAGCAGCAACAACAAGCGGCGUUCGACCACGCCUACGACCAGCUGCAGUACUCCGCUCCCUACUACACCCACCACGGCCAGUACACCACCGCCCCACAGCCUACCUACGAGCACACGCAGCAACCGCAAGCACCGCCGCCGUUCCACGACUACAACAACAACAACAACACCGACGACGUCGACACCCACCUGCAGCGCAUCGACCAAGCCUUCAACCGACACACGAACGACGCCGAGCCAGCUUUCCCGCCCGUCAUCCAGCAACGUGCCCCUGCUCCCCGCGCUGCCGACAAUGCCGACGCAGACGCGCCUUCUUACUUCGUCUGGAACCAUGUCUCGGGCGCGCCGGUGCCGGCGAGAGGACCGAUGAGGAGGAGGGUCAGCGGCAACGCCAAGGCGUCGGCGGUGGAGUCAGCGGCUUUGUGGAGCUCUGACGUCGAUGACGACGACGAGGAGGAGGAGGAGGACACCACCGACGGCGAUGAGGAGGAGGACGAGUAUUUUGAGACGGGUUGGUAUUAG